AUGACUAGUAAAUCUCAACGAAAACUUAACUUCAAUGUUGGUGAAAACUAUGAAGUUUUAGAUGUGGUAGGCGAAGGAGCAUAUGGGGUUGUUUGCUCAGCUCUUCAUAAACCAACCGGUCAGAAAGUGGCCAUUAAAAAGAUAACUCCAUUUGAUCAUUCUAUGUUCUGUUUACGAACCCUCAGAGAAAUAAAGCUUUUGCGAUAUUUUAACCAUGAAAAUGUUAUCGCCAUUUUAGACAUUGUUAAGCCCGAAACUUUGGAAAAAUUUACAGAAGUGUAA